UUUUGGAAACCCGGUUCGAACACAGCCAAACACACCUUUGCACACGUAUAGAUAUCUGCUGUAUACAUAGAGCGAAGACGAUAGAUAAGGUCUUUCUUUCUCUCUCAACAACUCAAUUGGGUUUCUCUUAAACCCUAUCUUCUUCUCUCAAUACAUCUACUGAUGGCGUCUCCGCUAAUCCGAGAAUGGACCGGAAUUCAACAGUUUCCACCUGCCACACAAACCACACUCAUUGAAUUGUUGGCGCAGCUGAAGGAAAAGGAUGUGAGCGAAUUGACAAUCCUUGUUAUGGGGAAAGGCGGUGUUGGAAAAUCUUCAACCGUGAACUCGAUCAUUGGGGAGAGAGCGGUUACUGUCAGUGCUUUCCAAUCAGAAAACCCAAGGCCUGUGAUGGUUUCAAGAUUGCGAUCUGGAUUUACAUUUAAUAUUAUUGAUACUCCAGGGCUUGUUGAGGGAGGAUAUGUGAAUGAUCAGGCUCUCGAGAUGAUUAAAAGGUUUCUUUUGAACAAGACAAUAGAUGUGCUACUAUAUGUGGACCGCCUGGAUGCAUAUAGGGUGGACAACUUGGAUCGUCAGAUAGUUAAUGCUAUUACUGAUAGUUUUGGUAAGGAUAUUUGGCGUAGGGGUAUAGUUGUCCUCACACAUGCUCAGCUCUCUCCACCAGAUGGUUUGGGGUAUGAUGAAUUUUUUUCCAGAAGAUCAGAGGCGCUGUUGAAAGUUGUUGGCCUUGGAGCUAAGAUUAAAAAGAUUCAGGACGCGAUCCCUGUUGUUUUGGUUGAAAACAGUGGAAGAUGUACUAAGAAUGAUAGUGAUGAGAAGAUUCUUCCCAAUGGAGUUGCCUGGAUUCCCAACGUGGUGAAAACUAUAACAGAAGUUGUUUCAAAUGGAAGCAAAAGUAUCUUUGUUGACAAAAAAUUGAUUGAUGGGCCAAAUCCAAAUGAAAAAGGGAAAUGGUUUAUUCCAUUAAUUGCGGCAUUCCAAUACUUCUUCAUAGUCGGUCACUACCAAAAUUUAAUCAAAAAGGAUAUCGCAGCAGAGAAAGAAUCAUCCAAGUCCUAAAUGCCGGCCCUAGUUCCUUUCGAGCACUGUUGUGUAUUUUGUAUUGUUUUAUUUUAUCAUGGUGUUUACUGUUCGUAGGUUGUCAAACUGAUGUAGCUGUUGCGAUUUUUUGCCAAUGAUAUCUGGAGAGAAUUAGUUAUUGUGUACUCAACCUUAUAUAUUUGCCACAUAUGAUGGAUGAAUUGAUCUUUUUCCCUGCA